AUGCCGCCCAAGAAGAAGGGCGCGUGCCCCUCUGUCAACCCGCAGCUCUACGAGAAGAGCAUGAAGCCCUCCAUGACGAUGGCGAUGGGCAUGAAGUGUAGCCACGUCGCCGCGUCCUGCUGGCGCGCGCAGGUGGAGGCGGAGCAGCGUAUCCACAGCAACUGGUCCGCCAAGUACGACCGAACAGAGGAAAUGAGGCGAGUGGACGCGCUCGAGAACACACUGCAGCGCGAGAUUGACAAGCGUGAGACGUACCGCGCCCACAACGACGCGCUGCAAACGAUUGUGUACCGCAAGGACGGCGCGGACCCGGGGAGCGCCGCGAAGACGUACCUGGACGCGCGCAAGGCACUCGCGCCGCAGGACAAGUACCCGCAGCCGCCGACAUCCGCGCUGGAGGUGGGCUGGUCUGUGCCAGCAGCGAUGCGGAACGAUGAGCACUUCGCCUCGUCNCCCGCAGCCGCCGACAUCCGCGCUGGAGGUGGGCUGGUCUGUGCCAGCAGCGAUGCGGAACGAUGA